AUGUCCGCAAACGAUGUUUACCAGACCCCUCUCAACUCGCGUUAUGCGAGCGAUGAGAUGAAAUACCUUUUCUCUCCGAGAAACCGUUUCUCCACCUGGAGAAAGCUCUGGCUGUGGCUUGCUGAGUCCGAGAAAGAGCUCGGCUUGUCUAUCUCCGAUGAUGCCAUUGAGCAGAUGAAGGCCCACCUUACCAUUCAGGACGAAGAGUUCAAGGUUGCUGCUGAGGAGGAAAAGCGCCGCAGGCACGAUGUCAUGGCUCACGUCCAUGCUUACGGUCAGGUCGCGCCCGCCGCCGCUGGCAUCAUUCACUGGGGUGCCACUUCGUGCUACUGCACGGACAAUGCGGAUCUGAUCUUCCUCCGUGACGGUCUCGAUAUCCUCAUUCCCAAGCUUGCUGUUGUCAUCGACAAGCUGUCCGCGUUCGCUCAGCAGUAUAAGGACUUGCCUUGCCUUGGUUUCACUCACGGCCAGCCCGCUCAGCUUGUCACUGUCGGAAAGAGAGCCUGUCUCUGGAUCCAGGACUUGCUCAUGGAUUUGAGGAACUUGGAGAGGGCCCGUGAUGACUUGCGCUUCCGUGGUGUCAAGGGUACCACCGGUACUCAGGCUUCUUUCCUCCAGAUCUUCGACGGAGACCACUCCAAGGUUGAACAGCUGGACGAGCUUGUCACCCAGAAGGCUGGCUUCGAUUCCGCAUUCAUCAUCUCCAGUCAGACCUACUCUCGAAAGAUUGACGUUGACGUUGGCAACGCCCUGGGCUCUUUUGGAUCCACCUGCGAGCGCAUCGGCAUUGACAUCCGCCAUUUGGCUAUGCUUAAGGAGGUUGAGGAGCCUUUCGAGAAGGAUCAGAUCGGCAGCAGUGCCAUGGCUUACAAGCGCAACCCCAUGCGUUCUGAGCGUCUAUGCUCUCUCGGAAGACACCUCCAGAACCUCCCCAAGGAUGCGUUAGACACCUACUCCGCGCAGUGGUUCGAGCGUUCUUUGGUAAGGCAAUACUCCUUCUCCGAAGAACUCUUUCCUAACAAUCACCAGGACGACAGCGCCAUCCGUCGUAUCAGCAUUCCCGAACUUUACCUCUCUGCCGAUGCUUGUCUCAUUCUCCUGAACAACGUCACCUCCGGCUUCGUUGUCUACCCCGAAGUCAUCAAGCGUCGUGUCAAUGACGAACUCCCGUUCAUGGCCACUGAGAACAUUAUCAUGGCCUGCGUCAAGAAGGGUCUCUCCCGCCAGGAUGCCCACGAGGAGAUUCGUGUCCUCUCCCACCAGGCAGCAGACAACGUCAAGAAGCACGGCAAGGACAAUGACCUGCUCGAGCGCAUCCGCCGCACCGAAUUCUUCAACCCCAUCUUAGGCGAACUUGACACCCUCCUCGAGCCUAGCACCUUUGUCGGCCGUGCUCCCCAGCAAGUCGAGAAAUUCACCUCCACUGAGGUCAAGAAGGCCCUCGAGCCAUAUGCCGCUGCCGUUGCCAAGGCUGAGACCUCUACGCUCAGCGUUUAA